AGGAAAUCUUUAUUCUGAAAGUGAAUUUACCUUAAAUAAUGAUAAAUCAGUUCAGAUUAGUAGCCUGUGUACAUCACAGCAUAAUAGUAGAGCACUUUUAAACUUGGAGUUUGCUUAUUUGUUUAUUCAGCUGGGCUUACAGCAGUUCUAGUACUGUCAUGGAGUGUAGCAGCAGUGUUCAUAGAAAUUUAGAUUGCAUUAUUAGCAAAUUAUUAAUAGCAGUCAAAUAAUGUUUUUAGUAGCAGUAGCAGUAGGUAGACUGUGGUUUCUGAAAUUUUAGUGACUAAGCAUGGAUGGUAUGUGAACUCUUCAAUAUGCCAUGCUUUAUGCUAUUAAAAGCUUGCUAAAGAUUAAAAACCAUUUUAGUGAAUUACGUUAAUCUGACAGUUAAGGAACAGGGGUGUUGCAGGGAUUGGGAGAGAUACGGAGCUUAUAUAUAUAUAAAAAAAGUUCUGCCAUAAUUUAUUUAAAAUACAUUUAUUUUAUACUAAGUAAAAUUAAUUCCAUUAACAUUUACUGACACAUCACUUAACUGAUGGGCCUAUAAAAUUAUAAAUUAACUUAAUUUGGAGUGUUUUGUUAUUGCACAGUGUACAUUUAAAAAAAAAAAUAUUAUGCCUAAUAUCACUAUUAAUAAGGAUUGUAUGAUCUCUGUAUAAUAUCGAUCUUUAAAUGUAAUAUAUUUAAAAGUAGGGAUGACAUGAGAAACAAAAUUUCCCUUGAUCUUUUUGAGGUUCUUGUACCAUUAAAACUUCCUGCAAAUUUCAUAGCUAAAAUGCCUCCUCAUUAUAAACAAAGCAUUUAUUUAAAUAAGCUCCAAAAACGGCUCGUUCUGGAUCCUGUGGGGCAAAGGUGACGUCACCUAGCACCAGUUAUUUGCAUUUGGUGACCUCCAGCGCAUCUAUUUUUGCAUCAGGGUCAUUCUGUGUCAAAUCAAACAAAUUUGAUCAAAACAUUUGAUUUUGCUAACACGUUUUCUAAAGAAAACAGACAUGUAGUGACAUCUAAAGCCAAAAUAUUGUGUGCUUUUUAACAAUUUACUCCUGAAGCCAUAUUGAUAUUUCAAUGUCUCUGGAACCGAACAAGGCCUUAAAAAUGAAAAUGGCAAAAAGGGCAUAAAGAUAUCUUUAAUGCUUCUUGAGUUACAGGCAUGCAAAAAAAAAAAACAAAGUGGGGUUUCCCCAUUUUUGACUGGUCACCAUUGGUACAUAAUGCUACAAAGAUUUCUAAAAUCAAUGGGUUUUACUAACAAACCUACAAAUCUCUGUCUAAAAAUGAUCAUUAUGAUGCUGCCAUCUUUCUAAGUCAUUUUCACCCCCCUGUAAUUUGGCUUUGAAUCCCAGGAGAAAAUUGCCAUUUUGACCCCCCUCUACAAAAUGGUGGAUUGCUCCAUAACUAUUCAUCCACAACAUUUAAUUAAAACAUUUUGGCUUUGAUCAAUAUACAUGUGUAUCUUCCUUUAGAAAAAAGAAAAGUCUGGUUGAGUUGACAUGGAAUGACCCAUCAUCGCAUUGUUGUCACGCCCACAGGUUUUCAGUCGACGUGCAGCGAGUGGGUCUGAAGAAGUAGUUGUUUACAAUAAAAUUGCGAUGCCACGCAGAUGUGCCGUUCCUGGCUGUGGAAAAACAACAUCUUUGAAUACGCUGCCGAAGGAUCCAGACGUUAAGGAAAAAUGGAUUCAGUUUAUUUUUAGCAAACGUCCCAGUCACUUCAGUGUUAAUGCACACGUGUGUUCAGUACAUUUCACCGAUGACUGUUUUGAGAACAAAUUGCAGUAUGAUGCUGGCUUUGCCAGAACACUUUUGCUCAAAAAUCAAGCCGUGCCAACUAUUCUGGACCCAACAACACCGCUGACCACUAGUCCAUCAUGUUCAGGCCCGGUGUUUAAAGAUGUAGGCUGUCAAACUGACCGACCCACUCAGACAUCUGUGGGUACACAGCUGUCAUUUCAAACCAUGAGAUCUAAGUACCGUAGCAAAGAAACACAGACAGAGCUGUCAACAAAGAUUUCAGGAGUUGAUGUCACCAUACCCUGGACUACUUCACAGCCUUUCACUUCAACAUCUUUAAAAAAUGAAAGGCCUGCCAAAAGGCGUCGCUUUGAAUUGGAGGAGGGUGAAGAAAGUGUGUCUUUUGAAGAAGUCUGUGACACUCAGGACGUGAAAUGUGACCCUUCUCAGUCUGUCACCAGUGUGACUGAACCAUCAAUGCAUUCCAUGUACACAUCCAGAGCCUCUCAUGAAGACACAAAAUAUAUUGUGUUUGAAAACUGUCUCCUUGAACUGUUCGAGACCUGUCCAGUGUGUUCAAGAGCCUGUGAUAUUCAGCCUCGUAGCAAUGGAACUUUUGUGGCGAUUGAUCAACAUUGCCCGCACUGUGAGUACUUCAGACAGUGGAAGAGACAACCCUGUGUUGGCAGCACCCCUGUUGGUGACCUUCAGCUAUCUGCUUCCCUGUAUUUCACUGGAGCUUCAUUCUUCCAGAUAAAAAAGGUAUUUGAGUCAAUGCAUUUGAAGAUGUUCAAACACACAACCUUCAGAAGGCAUGCCAGCAUGUACCUGGAACCACUAAUAAUCCAUAAGUGGAAGAAGGAACAGGAGGAUUUAGUGAAGAAUCUUUGUGAGGCAGACAAGGUGAUAAUUGGUGGCAAAAUGAGAGCUGAUUCGCCAGGCCAUUCAGCAAAGUAUGGGAGCUACACCACGAUGGAUCUUCAAAACAACCUCAUAAUAGACAUCCAGCUAGUGCAAAGUAAAGAGGUUGGUGGUAGCUAUCACAUGGAGAAAAAGGGGUUAAAAAGAAGCCUGGAAUGGCUGGAGGCAUGUGGUGUAAGACUAGACUGCAUUGUGACAAACCGACAUCCCCAGAUUCAAAAGUUUCUGAAAGAACGAAACGUCACACAGUACUAUGAUGUCUGGCAUUUGGAGAAAGGGUUGUCAAAGAAGUUAGAGCAAAUUGCCAGAGACAAAGACUGUUCAAUAGUGAAAAAGUGGCAGCACAGCAUAAGAAACCAUCUCUACUGGACUGCAGCAUCCUCUACUUCUAGAAAAGAGAAGAUAGCUAAGUGGAAGUCCUCAUAAAUCACAUUCAGGAUAUUCACAUCCAUGAUGACCCAUCAUACCCAAAAUGUGAACAUCCACAUCGAGUGUCUAAGGACAGCAGCAAAUGGUUCAAACCUGGUACAAAAGCACUUUAUAAAGUCGAAAAGCUGCUGACUAACAAGAGAGUCCUCAAAGAUGUAGCAAAGCUCAGCGCUCACUACCAGAUCUCAUCACUGGAAGCAUUUCAUAGCAUUAUUUUACACUUUGCCCCCAAAAGUGUGGUAUUUCCUUUUCUUGGAAUGCUGUGCAGGUUGUAUUUAGCAGGUAUGCAUUUUAAUGAAAAUUCAAACCGUCCAAAGGCUAAAACAUCCUCUGGAAAGCCAAUGUACAGACUUCUGUUCCCCAAAGCUAAACAACGAUUAUAUAUCACAAAACCACUGACAACCAACCCAACGUACUGCUACGUGUACAAUCUGAUGACACUGCUUUUUGAAAAGGUUCUCCCUGAUCCCCUUCCCUACAUGGAGGAGCUGCAUAAAAUCACAGUGCCUGACAGUCUAUGCACACCGCAUUGACAGACCUUCAUUAGAGGAGGCCUUUGCUGAGCAUGCGUCAAGGUUUAGUCGAGGGGCAGUUUGAAUCCAACAUAGCUGCCUUCCACAACUGGGAUUUUUUUGUCAUAAACACGAAAUAGCACACAAUAGUAUUACAACCGUGACUUUUUAAACCUUGACAAAGUUUCUGUAAGCCAAAUGCCUGUAGCGCCUGAUGGAAAAAGACCUUUAAAAUUGAACUUUCAUAGAGUUUUCAAAAGUGUUUUUUUUUAUUUAUGUCAAAACUUUAAUGUACAUUUUGUUACAUUAAAUAUGUAUUUUCCGUAUUGA